UCUGGUAACUGAGGCUGACCGAGCUACUAAAAUUGGAGAAAUCUGCCAAACACCCCGUUUUAUGCCCCUACUGAGAGCCACUGUUUCAAUGAGAUGCACCAGAGUACAACGAAAGUCUUGAAUCUUAAUUAUAAAUAAAUAUUUGCUUCGCUAAGUGCGGUACUUUAUGCGAAUUUUCGCCAGUCGUGCAGUAGGCAUUGCAAAGUUGGAAGCUGCCAUGCAUCCGAGAGGCAGCUGGGACCCUGGGGAAGUCUAUUAGCCUGUUAUUUCCUGCAUUCCUCGGUAGCUGGCACUCUACGCUCUCCGUAAAUAAGGCUCAAACGCAACAAGACGGUGGCGGAUUAUCUGUGCUGGGGACAGGAGUCUGAUCGCUUCCAGGAAUCGACUGGACUGGCUAUGGGUGAUUAGAUUGCUGCAUUUGUUCCGAAGGACCCCUACUCCUGUCAAGGACCCGGGUAUUUGAGGGAAAACUUUGUCGGCAUAGCAUCAUCUGGAAUUAGCAUUUGAGUGGGUUGUUGAUCUGUCCAAGGUGCUGAAAUGUAGUCUUGCUCUCCCGAGCUGUUAGCGAGGUGGAAACCAUGAGCUUCGCCGCUGAGAAGUUACAUUGCAGUUUAUAGCGCAAUGGGACGUGAAGAUCUACACUCUUGAUGUCGAGGGGGCUUUCUUGUGCUCCAAAUAUGCGUGGCAGGAUUUGACGGAAUGGGCUGUUUUCUGGUAUACCUGAGAUCAACGGUGCUACUGUUUUUCAGCUAUUUUAACAUCUGCCUGAUCACAGCGGACAUACCAGCAGCUCCCGUCAAUGUCACAGUCCGACAGCUGCAGGCCAACUCAGCAGUGGUAUCAUGGGAGGUUCCUGAUGGAGAUGCUGUUAUUGGUUAUGCUAUAUCGCAGCAGAAAAAGGAUGUGCGAAUGCUUCGCCUUAUCCAGGAAGUGAAUACUACAACUCGUUCCUGUGUGUUGUGGGACUUGGAGGAGAACACUGAGUACAUUGUCCAUGUGCAGUCAAUUAGCUUGAGUGGCGUGAGCCCAGCAAGUGACCCUAUCUCCUUCUGGACCCCAAAGGAAGCUGAGAAAUCAGCUUCAAAAGAGGAGGUGCAGCAGCACUAUACACAACUGAGGACAGGCGAAAUGAUCAUUAUUUUGGUUGUGCUCGUCAUGUGGGCAGGUGUGAUAGCACUAUUUUGUAGACAAUAUGAUAUCAUCAAGGACAAUGAACCUACCAAUAAUAAGGACAAAGCCAAGAGCUCUUCAGAGUACAGUACACCAGAGCACCCAACAGGAGGUCUACUACGCAGCAAGUUUCCAAAGAACAAACCUGCUGUAAAUAUCAUUGAAGCCUGACUGCUGACUAAUAAGAAGAUGGUUUAAUUAAUCCAUUAUCCUUCUCUUGGGAAGGAGCAUUGGCUUCUACAUUGCAGAGUCCUGCUUCAUAAAUAGAUUUGAAAGCACACAACAAUCAAGACUUUUUGAAAUGAUCAUCUUCAUCAAGGAUAGGAGAUCAUUUAAUUUCUCAUCUGUGAAAAAGAAGAGCCCUAAAGUUUUGUAUAAUACAACAAAAGGUAUUUAAUAAAGAUUUCUAUCUUUGCAUUCUUGCAAAGGACUUUGCUAGUUUAAAAAUAUGGUUGCAUACAUGCAAAGUUUUCUCACUGACAUUUCAUUGAAUCAAUUAUAAACAGUUGAUAAAUGUUUCAGAAAUCCAAGCUAUUGAAGGUUAUCACGUCAAUUGUAAGCAACAUGUUAUUAUGCAUAUUUUAAAUGUUCAAUGUCUCUUCACAGAGAGGAAUGUGAUUUUUGGCAAAAAAUUCUUAAAUGGAUCCACAACGAUGGUUUAAUAUAAUCAGAGCUAGCAUUACGACAAGAAAACAGGCUAGAUGACUUUUGAGUUUCAAGAACAACUUUAGUGUAAAGGUGAUGAUUAUUAGAUUUUUAUCACUUCCUUCAAUGAUAUUAACACUGUUUUGCUUUUAAAAAUGAUAGUUUAGGCUUCAAAUCUGCAAAGAAAUAUGAAAGACAUAUACAAAGUGGUAACACUUCCUUGAAGUUUAAAAAAUAAUUCUUUCAGCCUGUGACCAUUUCCUACUGACCAAGUUUCUGAAAAUAUUUGUUUACACAUUGUAAUGAUUGUUUAAUUGCUUUUUAAUUACUCUUAUAGGGGUCUUGCGCCAUAGUGGCAGCACACCUAUCUUUGGGCCAUGUCCCCUUAUUAGAAACAGGAGGAGAUUUAAUCACAGGGUUCAGUAGGUUGUUAUAACAGACUCCUUCCAUCAUUUUUCCAUUUCAUGGGAGAAGAGUGCGAAGAUACAUUUUAAAACAGCAAUUCUUUAACCAAGAGAGCACCUUUGACUUGAAUCUAGAUAAUGAUCACACCAUUAGCCACAAACAUUAGGCAGUUUGAGUGUUUUCUUUCAAUUUUAUUCCUCAUAACUGCAGUAUGGAUUUCAAUCAAAUGUGAAAGCAGAGAACACCUGGUAAAGCAUUUAUGAUUUGUAUUCAUUAUCCCACUGUAGGCGUACUUCAGAAUAUAAUAAAUGUAUAUUAUGAAAUUUUCACAAGGCUUUAGGACAUGUGACUCUGAGGCACACAAUUUUCUCAAAAUUCAUGUUUUGUUUUAUUUAUUCAAGGGACACCAACCAUCUGCUAAUCUUUCCUGAUCAACGGCAAACAUGACAAAUAAAUAAUAUCUGUAACAAGACACAUAUACCGGGAAAGACCUUAGAUAUGUUCAUGGCUGUGUUUUAAAAUUACCACUAAGAUUGGGAUUGAAGUUUUUAUAAGUUUUUUUUAUUUCUAAAUUUACUGCUAAAGCAUAUUAUAGUUUGCUAGACACUAGCACAAGAAUGGUUGUGUUGAUAUACAUGCUCCCAGUCACUUCAUUCAUAUUUGAUGUAGCUUUGAUGGAACUGAACCUUGGAUUAUCACUCCCGAGGUAGGUGCAGUUGAGAAAAUUUCUAGCUUACGACAUUUGCCUUGGGAUCAGAAGAGCCCUAAGUGUUAGAGCCAUCAUUCCUGGUGGUGAGGUGUAGGUUCCUGCUGGAGUCGGGACCACACUCCUUGGAGGCACCCACAGGGACUUCUGAGUGCUUGGGCAAACUGGUUAAAAGGACUGCCUCAGUUCUGAAACUUUGUUCCAGCUGUGUUGUUAAAUAUUAGGCCCUCUAACCCUUGUCUCUCUCACAUAUUCUGCCAUGUUAAAAGAAACUCUCAUUCAUAAAAUCCCGUUCAAUACAUUUAAAUCCACUCAAGCACCUAAGCCCUUCAAAAAAACAAAAGUCUUUCUUAAAUUAUGAAUAUCACACAAAGCACAAGAUUGCUAAUCCAUUAAUAACUUUUUGAAGCUAUCAAUCAUACUAUGAAUUUAUGCCCAGACCCCUCCCCCACCCCACCUACUUCGUGGAAGCAGCUAAGCAAUAAUAAUGUUAUAAUGAUAGCACUUCCGGUUAAGUCAAUAAGCACAUUUUCUUUCCAACUCUCAGGCACAGUCUGAGUCAGAGUCAUUUUCAAAAUUUAAGUAGUUGACCAUUUGAAUAACUUGAUUGCUUGACAGUUCCACUAACCUUACCCACUGACCAGAUACAUGUACAUUAAAAAAAAGUAACAUGCAGUGUAGAAUGAGACCCUCACUCCAGGGAAAAUAUGGUCUGCUGUAAAAAAACAAUGAAUUCAAAUGGUCCUGCUGUUCAGAUUAUCUCCCAUCUGAGAGUCACUUUUCUCUUUCCCCUAACUAAGGCAAAACAAGACCUGUCGGAAAUGGAGGUAAGACUUUUGGAUCCAGGGUCCAAACACCAUUUUGGAUAAAGUGUACAGUGCCCUCUAGUUUGUGAAAAUAUAGGUAUAAGCAUUUAUAGAAAAAUGUCAAAACAUUAAUAUUUGACUUAUUUCAAUCAGUUCAAGUUACAAACCAAAAUUGUAAAAUUACAUUGAAGUUACAGUCUCAGAACUGUAUGGUAAAAUGGGGCUAUCCAACUUUCCCCUUCAAAUGCGAAAAUACAAAUGUAAAACAUAAAAUCAAGCAUUCCAUUGCAUUACAGACCUCAAAUGGCAUUUUUGUACUUUGAUUUUUGCUGUCUAAAUUUGAGUGUUCUCUCCGAGGCUUUUCACUUGUUAUGGAAUAUCAAAGGAUACAAAAUAGAGGAGGACAGAUAUAACCGAGGUACAAAUCACUUGUGUUUCCACUGGGCCUAAUGCUAAAUGCAGGCCAUGCCUGCAACCUUUGGUCUUUCUGGCAAAUUUUUGGCUACAAGAUUAAAGUGAAAACUCAAGGCUUCACCAAAUACAGUGAAUUUGAGAGUCAAACUGCAGGGGAAUUGCCGACAAAUUCGGGUUGAAUGGAGCUUUUAUAUAACUGUGGAGAUCUCAUGUAACUUGAUUUGCCAAUAUACAUGCUAUGUAACAGAGAAAAAUUGCAAAUGAAAACACAGUAAAACAGCAAACAUGGAAAAAAUACUUUUAUUUUCAAUGUGUUCACAUCUUACAACUGCCUGACAUGUUCUUUGCAAAAGGCAUUGAAGAAUAUUUUGAGUUUUAUCUGGCAAAAACUCAAUAACCUUUUUCUGCUUAAUGUGCUAUCAUUGGGCCCAUAUAAUGGAGUCCUUCCUGUCAUCAAUGGAAUCAAACAUGCUUUCCCUGUUGUGCCGCAGUGAACCUUAUGCUUCACAACAGGUAACAAACUUGCUGGCAGGACUUCACACUUCUUGGUAAUCUCUGCUUUUUGUCAGUGUUUUCUGCUUGCUGAAUCAACUUCACUUUCUCUCUAGUUGACAAAAUGUUUAAACUUUCCACAGGUUUAGCCAUACUAGCAGGGCUUGAGCCUCCUUCGACAAGGAGAUCUCAAAGUCAAAUUAUGGCUUGCCCAAUGCUUGGUAAUUUCGGGAUCCAACUUAGUCCAACUCAGCUCCGAAUGGUUGGUCAUACGAUGGGUUUGCAUGAGUCUGGCCAGUCCAGAGUCAGCAUUCCAAAUUCCAAAACUUUGGCUUGUGACAGGCAUUAUUUUAUUGCAAUUGCUAUUUUGCUGGCAGGGACAGGCUGACAACUUAGACAACUGGAAUUGUGGCUUAUCCAAAUUUGCCUCAUUACAAUGUCACCCAACAUUUCAUACCAUUCUAAAGUGCUGCGUAAAAUAUCCAUGUACAAUGAACUCCUAUCGAUAUUUUCCUCAAUAAAUAAGCCAGCUAUGUGAGUCAACAAGUCCUUAAAACUUCAUUCCGUUAAUCAUUUGCACUUGUUAUGAUGUGUCAGAACAGAACGUUUUGCUUGAUGUGGGUCUCCUUAUUCUUGUCUAGAAUGAGUCAGUCAAGAGUUUACAUGGCUUCUUUCUAUUUUUCUUCUGAAUUCCCACCUGUCAAAUUAGUGCUUGAAAUCUCCCUCAAGCUAAAAUGUUUUCUGCAGUAUUAACAGUGGCCUUUUUAGACUUUUAAAAUGUGAUCUUUAAGACCUCAUGCUUGCAUAAAAGUCUUGGGUAUCUGCAAACGUGACUCUUUCAUGUGCUUUUUUAAAACAUUCCCUUAUAAGGAGAGAAUUCUUUAUAUUGUUCAAAUCUCCAAAUUUGACAUCAUUUAACUAUAGGUUCAUCUAUGCAAUCGGGGGCCAAUAGUCUAUUGCUUCAGUAUAAGCUCUUGGACUAAGUAGUGCACCUAGUGCCAUUCCCCAACCAUCUCCCCAUAAAUCAUGCACAUUCUGCCUUUCAAGAUAACAAUCCAGUUCCGUCCUGAUGCUUCAAUUGAACCUCCUUCCACCACAGUCUCAGGCAGCAAUUUUAGAUCUUAACCAUUUGCUGAACAUUUCGUGUCUUCCAUUGUUUAUUUAACUAAUUACCUUAAGUCCACUUCAUUCUCAAUCCUUCCAAUGCGGAAAGAGUUCUCCAGUCCACACGACGAUCAAUUGUCUUGAUACAGCAGUCUAUUAUUGUGUUAUACCCAGAACAAAUUAUUUUAUACACAAGUAUUUAUACGUAUGUGGUCAUGUUAAUUAUUAUUAUGACAUACAGAAAAUUUUAGAGAAAAACAAAUAAUGUACAGGAGAAAUAUU